UCCAGCACCCUCUGUAAAAUUAGCGAAUACUGCAGCAAGAAGUGAGUGUGUGUGUAUGUGUGUGUGUCACGAUCAAGAAGCAAGACCAAGCGGGGAUUAAUAUAUAUAUAUAUAUAUAUAUAAUAUAUAUAUAUAUAAAAAUCUCUCAUCUGGCUGGCGACAGAGAUGGCAGCCAUUCGGAAGAAGCUGGUGAUUGUUGGGGAUGGAGCUUGCGGAAAAACAUGUCUUCUUAUUGUUUUCAGUAAAGACCAGUUUCCUGAAGUCUACGUCCCAACAGUGUUUGAGAACUACAUCGCUGAUAUCGAGGUUGAUGGAAAGCAGGUGGAGUUGGCGCUGUGGGAUACCGCAGGCCAAGAGGACUAUGACAGGCUGAGGCCUCUCUCCUACCCGGACACAGAUGUCAUCCUCAUGUGUUUCUCCAUUGACAGCCCUGACAGUUUAGAAAAUAUCCCUGAGAAGUGGACACCCGAGGUGAAGCACUUCUGUCCCAAUGUUCCCAUCAUCCUGGUGGGGAACAAGAAGGACCUGAGGAAUGACGAGCACACACGGAGAGAGCUGGCCAAGAUGAAACAGGAGCCAGUGAAGGUGGACGAAGGCAGAGAUAUGGCCGGCAGGAUCAGUGCUUUUGGCUACUUGGAGUGCUCUGCCAAGACUAAGGAUGGCGUGCGGGAGGUGUUUGAGAUGGCCACUAGAGCAGCGCUGCAGGUUCGCAAGCGCAAGAAGAGAAGCGGCUGCACUCUGCUGUGAGCAGUUCAAACAGUGUAAAAUCAACUGACCAACAGGAGAAAAACAACCUACGUGAAAAGGACUGACCUUUUACCAAACGGCAACUCUGUACUGUAUCUCGCAUUUCACGAUAAUGGGUGGGCAGAUGAAUCGAAUGCAAACACAUUUAAUACAGGAAAUGGACUUUGUCUAUAUUACAGCCGUGGUUAGAAAUUGGUGUUUAAAGUUCCUUGUUGAUUUGAUUUUUUUUGUUUCCAAAAUCACUCUUUACACAUAGAACGUUUUCCUACUUGUUUUUUCUUUAUAUUUGUAAUGUAAUGAGGCAGUGAUAGAUGCACAUAUUUGUAUGCAAUAUUGUUCUUCACAAGCUCGGGCGAGCAACAUCCUUUUUAGCUUGUAUAAAGUCUUCAUGAAUACGGUCUUGUCCAAACAGUCCAGACUGUCCUGUUAGUAUCAGUCCUGUUAGUAGUUGUGAUAGAAAAUGAAAGAUGAUAUCUUAAAGCUAGUGCCUUUUUUUGUUUUGUUUUUAAGUUUGUUCACCUCCAUCUACUUCUCAUGUUUGUCAGCUAGCUAACAUUUCAGCUGAGGGCCUCUCCAUUGUACUGUAGCUCAUUUUACACAGUGUUGUCAUUGUGAAACCUGAGCAAAGCCAUAACUAAGGCUUUCAGUGCUGCUGACAACUCAUGAAGCACAACAAAUGGUUGCCUGUGUCAUUUUUGUCAGCGUACCCUCAAACAUUCUCCAUUUCCAGUCCACUCACAUUGAGGAUAGAGAAGGUAGUCAUCUCUUGUAAUGUGAUAAUGCUCAGCAAAGUAGUAAGCCUCCUAUUCUGUAUGAGAAUAAGAUUUGAUUAUUCACAUGCAUCCCUCAUAACUGUCACUAAUCUGUGCAGUGGACCUAGAUGGAGGGAUGAGAACUGACCAAUUGAGACGCAAGCCAAUAUGACUCAACUAUGCACAAUAGCUGUUAGGACCAACAGGGAGAUGACACAUCUGAAACAGAAAUCACAUGUGGGCCAAGGCCUGGUGAAUCCUCCUUUGUUUGUUUAUUGCGAGUGACUGAGUUCAGCUCUUCUUCUGCUACAACGCAAAUGAGCCGGUCACGCCUGCCGGAGGAAUCUCUGUGUUGGACAGGUUAGCCCAGUCAUGGUAAUGAUGUCUUGUUAAAGCUGUUAGCCUGUUGCGUGUGGAGCUUUCUAGUCAGACGACAUUCUUUACAUGUUUUCGAAGGAGCUGAGCUGUGCGUGAGGAGUUUGUUUUUCCCUGGUGCCUUCUCUGUUCUGGUGUGCCUUUGGUUGUCCUCUCCCAGACCAGAUAGACCAGCUGCACUAUGCCAACCUGAUACUGACUGAUGAGGUCAGAAGUGACCUUUCUGGCAUGUUUCACAAAGCUCAGAUCUUUGCAUGGCUUGAAAAACAGCAAGAGGUGUUCAGUUUGCUAAAAUGUGUGCCCUCCCAAAUAGUAAGAUUUUAUCUACAAAUGCAGUCUCAUCUUCAUUAUCUUGGCAGAUAAGCUUGAUUAUGCCAAUUUACGUCAUGCAGUUUCAUGAAGAAUUCAUCAUGGGAAAAUUACAAAACUAGUAUCAUCACAUAUUUCAUCAACAUCAUGGGGAAAACAUCUGUCUGAAGCCAUAGAGAUGCUCUUUGACGUUUCAGAGUUGAUUUUCAGAAUUCAACUGUGGCAAGAUGGAAAUUAGGCUCAUUGGUCUGUCUUUUAUCUUGAUCAGUGUAGGUCUUGAGCUUUGUUCCCUGGCAAAAGAAGCAUUUGAUAUUUUAUGUUGUAUGUUAAAAAGAUGCAGAAGAUCAAGGGUUCACGCUGUAUUUUACUUUGGAGACAUGUCAGAGACUGUCCACUGGUCCCAACUUUCACUCCAGUUUCCUCUCAGAAUACUUGAUCAUGAACUUGACCUAAAUAUAUAUUACAGCUUGAUAUACAAUGCUCAAAAAGGCCCAGCAACUGUCCUCAGGCACAGACUCUUCACUGCAUUCCUUUUCUUCACCUCUAUUGCUCAUCCACGUACUGUACAUGUCCCUUGGUUGCAUGUUGCUGUCAGCAAAGAAAAGGGUGGAUGUUGAAAAAUGUGUGUGGCAAAACAGUAUCUUUGAUGUUGCAUGAAACCUCCUUAUAAUGCCAGGAUAGGCACCAAACCUACCAGCUGGCAAGGUUUGUAUCUAUUAUGAUGUAAUGCCAUUUGAUUUCCUUUUUUUUUUUUGAGAAGGAGGAGGGGGAGAGAGGGGGCAUUGAUUACAAUCACACACAAGCACCAUAUUAAUGUUUUUACCUCAAAUCUUUAUAGGGUGGAUGCUAUGUUUUAACCCUGGACUUUUUGCAUUAUUGUGGACAAAUAGCACACUAAUAAGUCAAGAGUAAUUCAGAUUCAGAUCCUUACAACUAAAGAUUUUUAUCAAUGAAAGCAAAAGUCUUGAGUUAUGCGCUUCAUAGUUGUGACAUGAUGUUCAUGGGUCUCAACAAGCUUAAAGCCAAGGAAUUCUUGGGAAUUAGAGGUCGGCAGAGAUAGUUGAAUAACUUUCACAGCUCGAAGCACAGCGUAAUGAUGAAAGCAUUCCAGUAGAGCAGCAGAGGGUCUAGUGUUGAACAUAUCACAAAUAGCAUGUAUUAUACUGCUGUUAAUGUGUAUGCAGAUAACGUUGCGCUAUAUCAAAAGUUGUUCUUACGAUGUUGAUGCAUGCAUGAGAAACCGUGGGUCUUUACAGUGCACACACACACAUACACAAGCGGCACAUGUCUUUGGGAACAGCUUCUGCUCAGUGUUGUGUAACUUUUUCUUUCUUUCUCUGGAAGUAUUUGAAAUUAUAAAGGAUCCAGAUUUAUAUAAAAGUUCAUUGUAAUAAUGCUUUGUAAACAGAAAAGUGUUGUAGUGAAUGUUUGAUCUGAAGUGAACAUGAACAUUGUUAAUAAACUAUUUUUGAGACAA